GUGAAUGAGUGUGCAUGUAUAAGUUCUUGUUUUUAUUAAGAUGUGGGGGGACAUUGUGUGUAUUUUAUUUUCUGGACCACACGACUUUUUUGAAGGUUAGAACCUGUUGAGACUUUUAAAGAUAAAGGUUGGUUUGUGGAGCUUUUAAAGAUGGAAAUGUGUGCAUGUUUACAUAUGUGUGUGCACAUGUGUGUGUGUGUGUGUGCGUGUUAGUGGCAGAGGGCACAAAUACACACACACCAGAAGAUGCAUCUUCACUUCUGCCUCCGACAACUGAGACUGAAGCAGUCGACCUCAGAGCAGAGACACCAGAGAAACACAGACAACAUCACCAUGUCUAUCAACGUCUCUCUGUCCACACAUGUGCUCAAGACCACCAAGGACGACCAGGGGACUAAGGUGGACAUCGAAGCCGUCGUGGACAACAUCAGCACCAUCCUCUACACGCUGACUGUGGUGCUCGGCAUCACGGGGAACUCUUUGGUCAUUUGGGUGGCCGGAUUCAAGCUCAAGCCGAAGGUCACCAACGUGUGGCUGGUGAAUCUGGCCAUAGCCGACCUGAUCUUCAGCUUCACGCGAGUCUUCUCCCUCAUAAAGAAGCUCUUCUACAACUACUGGCCAUUCGGCGUCUUCCUCUGCAAGUUCAACGGCUUCUUCAAAUACGGCAACAUGUUCUGCUCCGUCUUCCUGCUGGCCGUGAUCAGCCUGGACCGGGCGCUCUGCGUCUGGCAGCCCGUCUUCGCCAAACGCCGCCGCACCCUGUGCGCGGCCAGGGUGGUGGCGUUCUGCGUCUGGGCCUCGGCGAUCAUCCUCAGCUCCCCUUACUUCGUCUACCGCCAGGUCUACCUGAAGAACAACCUGAGCAAAUGUUCUCUGGAAGUGAAGGAGGCGACGGCGGAGGACAACAAAGUCAAAGUCGCCCUCUACUUCAUCCGCUUCCUGUGCGGCUUCAUGCUGCCCUUCACCGUCAUCCUCAUCUGCUACGUCCUGGCCGGCCUUGGCAUCCGGCGCACUCGCCUCUCGGGGAAGCAUCGCCCUCUGCGUAUAUUGGCGUCGCUGGUCAUAGCGUUCUUCCUGUGCUGGGCGCCGUACCACUGCCUCCUGCUGGUGAAGAUGGUGGACAGUAAGAACAUUUUGGUGAAGGUCUGGCACCCCGUGGCGAAGGGCGUGGCGUACUUUAACAGCUGCGUGAACCCGCUGCUGUACUUCUGCAUGGGGCUGGACGUGAGGGGCCGGUUCAGGCAGAGUCUGAUGGGCAUCUACAAGAGGGCUCUGGCGGACGAGGUGGACGGACAGACGACCCAGUCCAACGAGCGCUCCCUGGACGACAGCACCGGGACGAGGGGCAGCAGCGUCCCGGCGGCAGGACGGAACCUGACGGCAGUCGAUGUAGCUAAAGUUUAACUCUUCUCCAGAUGAGUUAAACUGAUCAAGCUUUAACUUUUGUUACAGAUUCAGACCCAGAGUGAAUCUAUGUCACAGAGCUCCAUUUAAUGUACAGUCGACAGUGGGUUCGUUUUUCUUUUCCGACACACUCAGUAACAAAGCUCAGAGAAAAUGUGCUCAGCUGAUAAACAUUUGAGUAAACUCACCUGUGUUAGCUUCACCUAGCACCGAACAUAAUGCAGGUUUGUUAAUAUACAAAUUACCAGGUAUAAAAGUUUCUGCCCAAGUUCGGUUCUAAUUCAGUACACAUCUGACCAAGUAAAGUCCAAAUACCUGGAUCAGUUCUCGCCUCACCUGUUUGGUAGAGGUUGUAUUGGGAGGUAACAUGUGUGGACUUGGUAUAGCUAGGUAUCCCAGAAUGCAUUUCAAGUACACUGCUGUUCCAAUUCCAUACUGCACCGUUUCCCACCGUCCUCCAGAGUAAGGCUGGGCGAUACUGGGAAUUUUGGUAAUGAUCCGAUACCAAGUAAAUACAGGGCUAGUAUCACCGAUACCAAUACCGAUACCGGCUACUUUUUCUUGAAAUGUCAUAAUAAUUUAAGAACCAAGCACCAAACAGAAACAUAUUGAAUAAAUAAUAGUUUAAGUAAAGCCUGAGAGCCGGCGCUGCAUUGAUGGAUGGAUUAUAAGAUCUAAAUUAGCCCUCUACAACAUUCUGUGGUUGGAAAUAGUUAG